UGUCGGUUAAGAACAUUUUAUUAUUUGCAAUGACGGACUAGGAACCAUGGGUUAACUUUUCCUAGGGGCAGAAAGGGGAGAUUUUUACCUUGUCAACUCGAGGAUUCGAUCUAGCAACCUUUUGAUUACUAGUCCAGCAGCGCUCUAAACACUACCUGCCGCCCACUAGCCCUAUUGCCGCAAUCAAGUGCUAGGCGAAACUCGGAAAUGUUCGACUUGCUAACUGGUUGUAGUUAUUCACGUGCCGCGUUCAACAAAUGAGCAGAUCGAAAUUUCCGAGUUUCCUAGUUCCGACUAGCACGUGAACAUAGCCCCUCUGCCCUUUCUCGCUCCACUCUCCCACCCCAUGCUUAUGCUCCAGCUGCUAGCGCCGCUGCCUGCUAGUGUCUGUAGCUGACUCCCCUCACUGGCACACAUAUUCAAUGUACAGGUAGCUUAGACCAUGACAGGCAUCGCCGCUGCCUCCUUCUUCUCUAACAUUUGUAGGUUCGGUGGUUGCGGACUCCACUUCGAAUCGUUGGCCGAACUCAUCGUGCACAUUGAGGAUAACCACAUCGACACAGAUCCUCGUCAGUUGGAGAAGCAGGAGCAGCAGCAGCCCACCUAUGUUGCCCUCAGCUACAUCAACAGGUUUAUGACAGAGGCAGCGCGUCGGGAGCAGCCUGAGAGGCUGACGAGGAAGGUGCACCCCAAGCUGUCUCAGUCUCUGACAGGCAGUCUGCCUCGUAGCAGUGACGUCUCCACUCCUCCCAGACGCAGCAGUGGGAACCUCACCCCUCCCGUCACACCCUCCUCCUUCUUCCGUAGCAGCACUCCUACAGGCAGUGAGUAUGAUGAAGAGGAGGUGGACUAUGAGGAGUCAGACAGUGGUGAGUCCUGGACCACAGAGAGUGCCAUCAGCUCCGAGUCUAUCCUCAGCUCCAUGUGUAUGAACGGAGGAGAGGAGAAACCCUUCGCCUGCCCUGUGCCUGGCUGCAAGAAGAGAUACAAGAAUGUGAACGGGAUCAAGUACCACGCCAAGAACGGCCACCGGACACAGAUCCACAUCCGCAAGCCCUUCAAGUGCCGCUGUGGGAAGAGCUACAAGACGUCCCAGGGCCUGAGGCACCACACCAUCAGCUUCCACCCGCCAGUCUCCACCCACACCCACCCGCCAGUCUCCACCCACAUCCACAAGAUGCAGCAGUAGCACCGUCCCCACAGAUAGAAUCCCUUGAACAUCAUUCUGUUCUAGUGAUUCUGUUUCUAUGGACCCAGUACACUACUCUUUUAUUGCAUGCUUUAAAAUGACCUUAUUUGUGUAUAUGUAUAUAUAUAUAUAUAUUUUAAACAUUUUUUUGGAAUGUAUUUCCUUCACAGCUGUAUACUUUUUCACAUUUGAGCGAUCAUGUGUCUUUUUGAUAACGUUUUUGGCACAUAGGGCUUGCUGUUAAGAUGAUGCGUUUGAAAGAGAGCGUAUUGCCACGUUCAAAACACCUCGGAACUCUCCCACUUCAGUGCAGGGAUCUUUUCUUUUUGUGGGAAUUCCAAACGGUCAACCAACUCGGCAACUCUGGCAUCUUUCUAGAGCUCUGACUUUCCGACCUGAAAAUCACUGAUGUCAUGAUUUGACCUGUUUUUUCCCCGCGAGUUCCCAAUUGUCUUGAAAGCACCAUGAGUCAAGGUUCACAGCCAGGCUUCUGGGCUGUUUGCCAGAGCAAAACAUGGUGGAACAUUUACAUACAGAUAUGUUGUGUAGAUUGAAACCCAAUGAAUUUGACUUGAGUGUUCAGGUAAUGCUGUGUUUGAAAAGAGGCAUGAGAGUGGUGAGGCCCGGGGAGAAAGCAAGCAUCACCACCACACCAUCACAAAACCUGAAUGUUUGUCAAAGAUGACGAUAUAUAUUCCUGAAGGAUGUAUAAACUUUCAUAAUCAGGUGUAAAAUAGUAAGCUCUGAUAUUUUUCUUGCCUUGUUCUGUUCUGAAAGUGUAUUUUUAUGAUUCACUGCCAGGAUUUUCACUUGUUUUGUGUUUUAGAACUAAAAGACUCAGGUGACAAUUCACCACAAUCCUGCCCGUGUGUUCUGAUAGGAUGCGUCCCAAACGGCACCCUAUUCCCUAUAUAGCGCACUACUUUUGACUAGAGCCAUGAGGGUCCUGGUCAAACAAAAGUAGUGCACUAUAUAAGGAGCCAUUUGGGAAACACGAAGUAUUUUAGUCAGCUGUUCACUGGAAUCUUGGGAUUGGGUGUCACAGCAGUCCCAGUUAUCCAGAACCCUUCCAUUCUAGGGUGCUGAGCAGUUAUCCUCUUCGCCAAAGCCGUGUGAAGCAUUUAAGCACUUUGUAGUAACCAGUUGCCAACAACUCUGCUGCUACACACACCAACCUGACAUGUAGCAGUCACAGGAACUAGAGAGAGCCAGACUGGAAGUACUCAACCUUUUCAAGGAGUUUUACAUUUGUUCAGAUCUCCAGUGUUUCCCAGGGUGAGAUUAUGUAUCUGGUUGCCUUGAAUUGUAGACCACAAGAGUUCCAAUCCAGUAAGUAUCUGGGUAUAGCUUCAUAGUGACUCUUCAGGAAUGGCUAACUUGAGUUAGUAGACAUUCUUGUCAAAAUAAAACAUGGCCAGAUCUCAAUUCUGGUCUAUUGCUCUUAUUUUGUCCCUCUAGCCUCUAUAUGUAGUCUAAUAAAAGGUACUGUGUCAUACUGGUGAUCAGAGAGAGCAAGGGGCUAAUCAACAACCCAAUCAAAACAUCACAGAAAUCAAUGUCCUUAUGAAACUACACAUUAAGUGUGCGUCCCAAAUGGUAGCCUAUUCCUUCUAUAGUCCAUAUGGCUCUGGUCAAAAGUAGUGCAUUAAAUAGGGAAUAGGGUGCCAUUUAGAAUGCAUUAUGUAGAUAGUCAUUGACAGUAUUAUAAUGCCAGUACAUAUGGAGGGAAGUAUUUGAUAUAUUGUGUAUAGUAAAUGUAUUGUCUCAAGUGCAUUAAAUGAUAUUUUCAUAUGUU